CCUCCUGCUGCCUCCUCCGACUCCCUCCCGCGCCGCUAAGUUUCUUCGCUCGCCGCCUCGCUCAGAGCCGGGGCCGGGCCAGAGCGGCGCCCCGCUGCCCUGUACCCGCGUGCAGACCCCGGGCCCGGCCCCGGCCCCCCGCCAAGCCAUGCUGUGCGGCCGCUGGAGGCGCUGCCGCCGCCCGCCCGAGGAGCCCCCGGUGGCCGCCCAGGUCGCAGCCCAAGUCGCGGCGCCGGUCGCUCUCCCGUCCCCGCCGACCCCCUCCGAUGGCGGCACCAAGAGGCCCGGGCUGCGGGCGCUGAAGAAGAUGGGCCUGACGGAGGACGAGGACGUGCGCGCCAUGCUGCGGGGCUCCCGGCUCCGCAAGAUCCGCUCGCGCACGUGGCACAAGGAGCGGCUGUACCGGCUGCAGGAGGACGGCCUGAGUGUGUGGUUCCAGCGGCGCAUCCCGCGUGCGCCAUCGCAGCACAUCUUCUUCGUGCAGCACAUCGAGGCGGUCCGCGAGGGCCACCAGUCCGAGGGCCUGCGGCGCUUCGGGGGCGCCUUCGCGCCGGCGCGCUGCCUCACCAUCGCCUUCAAGGGCCGCCGCAAGAACCUGGACCUGGCGGCGCCCACGGCUGAGGAAGCGCAGCGCUGGGUGCGCGGUCUGACCAAGCUCCGCGCGCGCCUGGACGCCAUGAGCCAGCGCGAGCGGCUAGACCACUGGAUCCACUCCUAUCUGCACCGGGCUGACUCCAACCAGGACAGCAAGAUGAGUUUCAAGGAGAUCAAGAGCCUGCUGAGAAUGGUCAACGUGGACAUGAACGACAUGUACGCCUACCUCCUCUUCAAGGAGUGUGACCACUCCAACAACGACCGUCUAGAGGGGGCUGAGAUCGAGGAGUUCCUGCGGCAGCUGCUGAAACGGCCGGAGCUGGAGGAGAUCUUCCAUCAGUACUCGGGCGAGGACCGCGUGCUGAGUGCCCCCGAGCUGCUGGAGUUCCUGGAGGACCAGGGCGAGGAGGGCGCCACACUGGCCCGCGCCCAGCAGCUCAUUCAGACCUAUGAGCUCAACGAGACAGCCAAGCAGCAUGAGCUGAUGACACUGGAUGGCUUCAUGAUGUACCUGUUGUCGCCGGAGGGGGCUGCCUUGGACAACACCCACACGUGUGUGUUCCAGGACAUGAACCAGCCCCUCGCCCACUACUUCAUCUCUUCCUCCCACAACACCUAUCUGACUGACUCCCAGAUCGGGGGGCCCAGCAGCACCGAGGCCUACGUUAGGGCCUUUGCCCAGGGAUGCCGCUGCGUGGAGCUGGACUGCUGGGAGGGGCCAGGAGGGGAGCCCGUCAUCUAUCAUGGCCAUACCCUCACCUCCAAGAUUCUCUUCCGGGACGUGGUCCAAGCCGUGCGCGACCAUGCCUUCACGCUGUCCCCUUACCCUGUCAUCCUAUCCCUGGAGAACCACUGCGGGCUGGAGCAGCAGGCUGCCAUGGCCCACCACCUCUGCACCAUCCUGGGGGACAUGCUGGUGACACAGGCGCUGGACUCCCCAAAUCCCGAGGAGCUGCCAUCCCCAGAGCAGCUAAAGGGCCGGGUCCUGGUGAAGGGAAAGAAGCUGCCCGCUGCUCGGAGCGAGGAUGGCCGGGCUCUGUCAGAUCGGGAGGAGGAGGAGGAGGAGGAUGACGAGGAGGAAGAAGAGGAGGUGGAGGCUGCAGUGCAGAGGCGGCUGGCCAAGCAGAUCUCCCCGGAGCUGUCGGCCCUGGCUGUGUACUGCCACGCCACCCGCCUGCGGACCCUGCACCCUGCCCCCAACGCCCUGCAACCCUGCCAGGUCAGCUCCCUCAGCGAGCGCAAAGCCAAGAAACUCAUUCGGGAGGCAGGGAACAGCUUUGUCAGGCACAAUGCCCGCCAGCUGACCCGCGUGUACCCGCUGGGGCUGCGGAUGAACUCAGCCAACUACAGUCCCCAGGAGAUGUGGAACUCGGGCUGUCAGCUGGUGGCCUUGAACUUCCAGACGCCAGGCUACGAGAUGGACCUCAAUGCCGGGCGCUUCCUAGUCAAUGGGCAGUGUGGCUAUGUCCUAAAACCUGCCUGCCUGCGGCAACCUGACUCGACCUUUGACCCUGAGUACCCGGGACCUCCCAGAACCACUCUCAGCAUCCAGGUGCUGACUGCACAGCAGCUGCCCAAGCUGAAUGCCGAGAAGCCACACUCCAUUGUGGACCCCCUGGUGCGCGUUGAGAUCCAUGGGGUGCCCGCAGACUGUGCCCGGCAGGAGACUGACUACGUGCUCAACAAUGGCUUCAACCCCCGCUGGGGGCAGACCCUGCAGUUCCAGCUGCGGGCUCCGGAGCUGGCACUGGUCCGGUUUGUGGUGGAAGAUUAUGACGCCACCUCCCCCAAUGACUUUGUGGGCCAGUUUACACUGCCUCUUAGCAGCCUAAAGCAAGCAGGCCCGGGCUGAGCCAGACCCCCAGGGUGCACAGAGGACCUGAGGCCUGGCUGUCCUCCCUACAGGGUACCGCCACAUACACCUGCUUUCCAAGGACGGGGCCUCACUGUCACCAGCCACGCUCUUCAUCCAAAUCCGCAUCCAGCGCUCCUGAGGGCCCAGCUCACUCGCCUUGGGGUUCUGCGAGUGCCAGUCCAUAUCCCCUGCAGAGCCCUCUCCUCCUCUGGAGUCAGGUGGUGGGAGUACCAGCCCCCCAGCCCACCCACUUGGCCCACUCAGCCCAUUCACCAGGCGCUGGUCUCACCUGGGUGCUGAGGGCUGCCUGGGCCCCUCCUGAAGAACAGAAAGGUGUUCAUGUGACUUCAGUGAGCUCCAACCCUGGGGCCCUGAGAUGGCCCCAGCUCCUCUUGUCCUGAGCCCACCCCUCAUUGUGACUUAUGAGGAGCAAGCCUGUUGCUGCCAGGAGACUUGGGGAGCAGGACACUUGUGGGCCCUCAGUUCCCCUCUGUCCUCCCGUGGGCCAUCCCAGCCUCCUUCCCCCAGAGGAGCGCAGUCACUCCACUUGGCCCCAACCCCGAGCUUAGCCCCUAAGCCCUCCUUUACCCCAGGCCUUCCUGGACUCCUCCCUCCAGCUCCGGAACCUGAGCUCCCCUUCCCUUCUCAAAGCAAGAAGGGAGCGCUGAGGCAUGAAGCCCUGGGGAAACUGGCAGUAGGUUUUGGUUUUUAUUUUUUGAGACAGGGUCUCACUCCGUCCCCCAGGUUGGAGUGCAAUGUUGCAAUCAUGGCUCACUGCAGCUUUGAACUCCCAGGCUCAAGCGAUCCUCCCAUCUCAGCCUCCUGAGUAGCUGGGACUACAGGCACAGGCCACCAAACCUGGCUAAUGUUUAAAUUUUAUGUAGAGAUGGCGGGGGGGGCAGGGGUCUCCCUAUGUUGCCCAGGCUGGUCUCGAGCUCCUGACCUCAAGUGAUCCUCCUGCCCCAGCAUUCCAAAGUGCUGGGAUUACAGGUGUGAGCCACUGCCCGGCCUGGCCGUAGGUUUGUAACUGUUUCAUAGAAGAGCCCUGGAGAAGACAGUAGAAUGAGCCUAUCUAGUUUAAAAAAUAAAGAAGCACGUUGAUUUCA